AUGACGGCGAUCUACAUCAAGAAUCGCCUACCAUCGCCCAAGUGCCAAGAUCAAACCCCGUUCGAGAUCGUCAACGGAUUUCGACCAAGUGUGAAGCACAUGCGGGUUUUCGGCUGCCGAACGUUUGUGCUGACCCCUAAGGAAAAGAGAUCGAAAUGGGAUCCAAAGGCUCGUGAAGGACAAUUCAUGGGGUACGAAGAAGUGUCAAAGGCAUAUCGCGUUUACGACAUUGAAGCGGAUCAAGUGGUGAUAUCUCGCGAUGUCACAUUCGACGAAUCAACGUUUGGUUUCUCGCCGACGCUACCACAAGAAAUUGUUGAUGACACUGCGCUGGAUGUCGAAUCGAUGAACAUCAGCGAUGAGCCUCACCCUAUGCAGUUCAAGAAAACUGGAAAACGCAAAAGCCGUUCAAACAGCCAAGAACAAGCUCUGCAACGGACACUUCCUGAGCGCCGUGGAACCGGGUUCGAAGAAGCAAGUGCACCGGAUGACUUUGAAACGCACCAAGCGAAGCGACGGUCAAGCGCUCGAGCCAAUCUGUGA